GUCGGUCCGGUCCACCUUACCCCGUGGCGUUGCGUUAUUAAAAACGAAAGAUUCUUCGUCUGUUGGUUAACCCAAUUUGUAGUUAUUAAUUCGUAAAUUUCUUAAAAAAAGAAGAAAAAAAACCGUCAUCUCUAUUUAAUCAGUAACUUAUAGUUUCUCUCUCCACUUUCUUCUAUGGUUUCUUGUUCCUAUUGUUGCUGUUGUUUGUUCAACUCUCGACUGUCAGCAAACUCAUCAGUGAUUCAAAGGAAACAAGCAUUCUUUAGUGAGGGUGUUGUGGAAAUUCACGACAAUUGAAUCUUUUAGAACCAAAAGGAGAUAAGUGUAUACUCUGUAAAUUAUAAUCAGAUGCUGAAUGAAGGGUCAAAUGAGACUAGCACCAGAGCUAGUUACCACUCCAGUAAUUUACCUGAACCUGACCUUGAGAAGCAGGGAAACAACCAGGUGUUGCCUCAGGAUGGAGGACUACCAGGCUCAGUUAGGGGUUCAGCCUGUGAGUCCAGUCCCACAUUGUUAACCAUCGUGGUAACAAAGGGUGAGUCUCAUGUAACUCAGCAGCCGAUAGCUCAAUUAAAAGAUACGGAAUGCGUUUUGGAGGAAUUGCCUCAUGUGGCUCCUCAAAAGGGCUAUUUUUUGAGGAACAGUAGUUCUGAUGAGGAAUGCAGAGUUUGUCAACAGGAGAAGGAAGAAGGUCUUAUAGAUCUUGGGUGCCAAUGUAAAGGUGGUCUUGCAAAAGCUCAUCGAUCUUGCAUUGACACUUGGUUUCGUACAAAAGGAUCCAACAAAUGCGAAAUAUGCCAAGCAGUAGCUGUAAAUGUGUCAGCUCCAGAGUCCCAGCCCAGUACAAAUUACUGGGUUUGGAGAGCUGAUCCAAGCUUUACACCACAUGAACUUCAACGGGGUUGUUUUAGUCCUCUGUGGGUGGCAUUUUCAAUCCUUAUUGGUGGUUUAUUGUUGGAUGUGUUAAUAUCCGUUACUCUUGGUGUCUCGGCACUACCUGUUAACAUCAUAAUUGGUGUUAUUGUUGUCCUAGGACUUGGAACAGCCCUUCGACUUGCCCUCGAAUUCUGCCAUGAGUGGAGUAUUAGGAGAGCCAUGCAAAGGGUAGAAGUAAAUGCGACUCUCCAGUAUCAUCCUGCUUUGUAGGUGGAGUGGAGCCUGAUUAUGUUGAACAAGGUUAGGUUGCUGCUAUGAGGUAAGAAUUGGCAGAUUUAAUAGUUUGUUUGGGUUCACUUCUUUAUUCAAUGAAGAAAAUGGUUAUUAGUAAAUAUUGUUGUGAUUUUGGUGAAUGGAAUGGAGACAUGCGGGGUUGCGAAUAAA